AUGUCUCAUGUCUUCCAUUACGGGGACGCCCCGAGCAAGGUGGGAAUGAUAGAGAAGCGGCUACCAGGAUCACCACGAGACCCUGGAUCUCGAGGAGUGCAGGGACCGGUUAGAGAUCAAGGAUUCCCAGAUCCACCGGAACUCGAUACAUCGUUGAUGUGUCCUUCCAAUUAUCUUACAAACCUCAAAUCGCCAUCCGUCCUUCCUUAG